UGGAAUUGGAGGCCUCCUGUUCCCUAUAGAAAUCAAAACAAAAAGUGUUCAUCGCCUAAAUUGAGGGAGAGACCCAAACUUGUUUUCUAGGUUGUACUCCGCCCUCCUCGCGAUGGCCAGCGACGGAUCCUCUUGGAGUGAAACUGGAACUCGGAAGCAUAAACUUGGAAGAUUGUAUCCACUCGAUUUUCAAGGUAGUAUAGAAUUUGCAAGAAAACAAGAUCAAGAACGAGCUCAACUAUUCCAAGCACGAGGAUAUUGGCCACUUGACUAUCAAGCUAAUACACGAUAUGCAGAUAAACAAGCUGAAAAACAAACACAAUCAGUUGAAGCGCGAGGGCAACAUACUUAUGCUUCUAAAAAGGAAGAAGCUGCUGCAAAUGCGAAACGAUGGCUGAGCGAGGAGGCGAUGGUGGCUUUCAGAAGAUACAUUGAGAGCAAAGAUGAACUUAAGGGACUUGAUUAUGAAUUUGACGAGCUUGUCCAUCAAUGUUUCCAUGUGGAGCAUUAUUUGAAGACGUUUUAUCACUUCAACUUUACUGUCAAGACAAAGAAGCCUGGCUCAGCUGAUUGGACAUCGGCUAUGUACUUCGCUCAGGUCAAAUUGAUAUGCAUGAUAAAACGCUAUGUCUGUUAUCCUUUGGAGCAAGAUCAAUAUGGUGAAUGUUAUGCAUGUGAGAACCACGGAAUGGGUGAAUUGAGGCACCCAUUAGAAGGGAUAUACGAUAUGGGCAGGGAAGAUAUACAGUUUCCCUUCUAUUAUCAGGACAGUGACUCUGAUGAAUUCGAUGCAACAACGGGAGGGAGUGAAUCCUCUGAUGAGGAUAUGAGCUGAUGGCCUUGUCCUUUAUUCUACAGUAUAAGUUAAAUUUGGCUCUUGUAUGCUCUUGAUCCACUGAAUCAAGUCAAAUUGCUAGUUGAUAUGAGAAUGCCAAUGUAAAAUGUACUAGUAGAUAGUACUCCAUCUGAAAAAAUGUCGAGUAGCAGCGCAGCAAUGGUUUGUCAGAGUUUACCCCUAGCUCCAGCAGCAGCAUCCAUGGCUGGCUGGGAUCUAUUUUUGGGGGAGUUUUAUUUAGAGAGGCUGGGUGGGGCAUGGGAGGUGCUAUUAUGUGCUGCCGGUUCAAAUGUCACACUGCUAUUUGCUUUGAUUCUACUUACUGGUUUACUCUGCUUAAUUUCCUGCUUUCACAGUUGGUUAAUUGCAGGUUUUUAUUUGCUAGUAGUUCUAAAUUUGUUCUGUUUUGACAUUCCGCUCCUGCAGUGACAUAUGGCAGGAGCAAUUGCUGUCCCAUUCUCAUCGCUGGGGCACUUCCAUCCACGUUCACCACUUGAGGUCCUGGUUGUGGUGGGUAUACUCAAGCUGGUAAUGGAUGAGUAUACCGCGCUUGUCAUCUUGUACACCCGACCAUCUUCAAAAUUAUGACGGAGGGGGCUUGCAGCUCCAUCGGCCAGAGAAUAUCAUUCACCUGCGCCACAUCCCACUGGCCCGUCCCAGGGUCGAUCAACUCCGCCGCCUUACAUAUCCCCUUCGCGAUGCUCCUCUAUGCAUGCGGUUCGAUGCUCCAAGCUGAAUUGGGCCCUGUUUGUUUGGGCUUCAGACAAAAUCAGCUACAGUUCGCUGUGCGACAAAAGCUAAUUCAAGGCGAAGUAC